AUGGACACCAUGGAAAGCCUGAUGCUCAAUCCACCCGAUCAGCAUCCGACACGUGGCAUGCCAUCUGGCAUGGCCGGAGAUUAUAGCAGCAUCUUAUCCUCCAGCUCAUCGCAGUUUUACACGUCAGAUCCUCUCGGCCAAUCCUGGAACCCGCCUCCCUUACCCACGGAUUCAUCCCCCGUAACAUCCGCCGCGUUUGGCGGGUUCCCUGACGUGGGCUUGGAUCCGGCACCGCCGCCUUAUCACGAGGCUCUGCAAGCGCCACGUGUCGGUGACGUCAGCAGCAGCGAUAUGCUCUCAGGGCUAGGCUUAUCCGCAUCAGGCGGAUUAGGAGGUUCGGAUUUCGGGCUUGGCAUGCCCGCAAGUGGCGCCGACAUUCACGGCGGAAUCUCCGGCGGGGGGUUUCCAGGAGGCGUUGGGGAAUUCCCUGGUGGGAGUGGUGGGCUAGAAGCGGCAUCUGCGGCGGCAAAUGCGGCGUCUCUUUCGGGGCCAGUGGUAGGCACCGUACCAGGCCAAGUGACUGGCGAAAACGGCGGCAGCAGCGGCGGCGCUGGUAAAGGACAAGGGAUGCCGCCCGAUUUUAUAGACGUGAGAGUCGUGGGUUCCAAGAAGCUGCAGGAGGCGGGCGGUUCCAUGAUUCCCGGAGGGGGUUCUUACGUGGCGUAUGUGAUUGAAACGAAGACGAAUGUGCCUGAAUACGGUGCCCCGUCUGCCCGCGUGGAGAGAAGAUUCCGCGAAUUUGUCGCCCUGGCUGACAGACUGGCAGAGACGCAUCGGGGCUAUUUCAUCCCGGUGCGGCCGGAUAAGAAUGUGGUGGAGAGUCAGGUGCUGCAGGGAGCGGAGUUUGUGAAGACGAGGCAGGUGGAGCUGGAUAAGUACGUGCAGCGCCUCGCCCGCCACCCCGCCAUCCGCAGGAGCGCGGAUCUGAUUUCCUUCCUGACGUCAUCGGAGAGAUUUCAGCCUGCCUCAUCUGUAGACCUAGCUUCCCGCGUGCUGGAAGGUGCCGUGAAGCUUCCCCAGCAGCUGUUUGGGGCGGCAGACUCCAUCACGCCGGCAGAAGCUGCCAAACCGGCGGGCGGCGGGAGGAACCUUCUGAGAAUGUUCAAGGAGUUUGGGCAGUCGGUGGCGAACGAUUGGACGGGCAAGCCGCCAGCUGUCAGUGGGUCCACGUCAGCAGCAGGGGGCGGAGGAGGAACGUCCACGUCAGCAUCGGAAGCAGGCGCAGGAGCAGGAGCGGGAGCAACAGAUGAAGAACCCGGAAACUCCGGCACAAAACAACAAACGGCGCCGACCGCAGCGGAGGUCGAGGCGCACGAGGCGCGGUUUGGUUCGGCCCGAACCAAGCUGGCAGACCUGGAUAAGCACCUUGCCGAGGCUACAGCCGGCGCGGGGCAGCGCCUGGCGGAGGGGAGCGCAGGGGGCGCAGGGGGAGGCGCAGGGGGAGCAGGGGGAGGGGUAGGGGGAGGGGGAGGGGGAGGCGGAGGGGGUAGUACAGCGGGAGGGGGGACGGACGGGGGGAUUGGGUCGGAGGCAGGGGGGGCAAAUGGGGUUGGAGGGGGAGGGGAUAAGGGGGCGGGGCAGCGGGAGAGGGCGUUUGUGGCGGAGUGUCAGAGCGUGGGCAAGGGCAUGGUGCGGAGUGCACAGCUGUCGCACAGUGUGGUGGAGAGAAACAAACGCACCCUGUCCAUCCUCCUCGAGUACCACAAAACAACGGCUGCUGCCCGGACGGCCCUCGCUGACCGGUCCCAGGCGCUGCUGACGUGGCAGACACUGGAGAGCGAUCUGGGCGGCAAGAAGACAAAGCUGGACCGGUUGGGAUCGGUGGAGGGAGCAGAUCCCGCCAAGCAGAAGAAGGCUCAGGAGCUGCAGAGGGAAAUUCAGGCGCUGGAGAAGGCUAAAGAGGCUGCUGUUAACGAGUACAGAAAGAUCACGACAACGCUGGAGAGCGAUCUGGGCGGCAAGAAGACAAAGCUGGACCGGUUGGGAUCGGUGGAGGGAGCAGAUCCGGCCAAGCAGAAGAAGGCUCAGGAGCUGCAGGGAGAGAUUCAGGCGCUUGAGAAGGCUAAAGAGGCUGCUGUUAACGAGUACAAGAAGAUUACGAAGGCAAAGCUGGACCGGUUGGGGUCGGUGGAGGGAGCAGAUCCCGCCAAGCAGAAGAAGGCUCAGGAGCUGCAGAGGGAGAUUCAGGCGCUGGAGAAGGCUAAAGAGGCUGCUAUUAACGAGUACAGGAAGAUCACUGAGCGCAACACAUCGGAGCUGCAGCGGUUUGAGAGCGAGAGGAAGCAGGAGUUCCUGGCCAUGCUGGGCAACUUCGUUCAGGACCAGGUGCUGUGUGCGCAGAAGAUGGCAGCAAUAUGGGCGCCAGCGGGGGAGGAACGCCCACCACAGUCCUGA